CACAGCCAACAUGAAGUUCUUGAUCAUCGCCGCUGUGGCCGCCGUGGCCGCCGCCGUCCCCCAGGGAUACGGUGCUCCUCCACCUCGCUACGGCUCCAGCGAGGAAAUCGCCAUCUUGAGGGACGAGCGCGUGAUCGAGGACGACGGAAGGUACAACUUCGACAUGGAGACUGCCAACGGCAUCGUGGCAUCAGAGCACGGCACUCCCGGAAGAAGGGAGCCAUCAACAGCGCCGGUUCCUUCUCAUACACCGCUCCUGACGGCACUGACGUCCACCUCCAGUACGUUGCUGACGGGAACGGCUUCCAGCCUCAGGGCGCCCACCUGCCAGUGGCUCCCGCGUUCCCCCAUCCAAUCCCUCAGUUCGUCCUCGACCAGAUCGCCUUCGCCGCUGAGGAAGAUGCUCGCAAUGCCAAAAGGCCCUCAGGCACCUACGGCACCCCUCAGUAAAUAUUCUUAUAUCUUGGCGUCUGCAAUUCUCGCCGCCCUGGUUGCCGUGGCCACCGCCGUUCCCCAAGGCUACGGUGCUCCUCCCCCGCCUCGCUAUGCAUCCAGCGAAGAAAUAUCUAUUCUAAGGGACGACCGCAUAAUGGAAGACGACGGCAGGUACAACUUCGACGUGGAGACCGCUAACGGCAUCACUUUAUCGGAGUCUGGUGCUCCCGGCGUAAAGGGAGCCAUCAACAGUGCUGGCUACUUCUCAUACACAGCACCCGACGGCACUCCUGUUUACGUAAAAUUCGUAGCCAACGAAAACGGCUUCCAACCCGAGUCCGACCUCCUGCCCGUGGCCCCCGAGUUCCCCCACCCGAUCCCUCAGUUCGUCCUCGACCAGAUUGCCUUCGCCGCCGAGGAGGACGCACGCAACGCAAGAAGGCCUUCAGCCACCUACGGCGCCCCACAAUAUACAAAUUUGGAUAUCACACGACUUCGCAACUCAUGUCAACAAGCAUCAGAGACAUCCAUUUCAGAACGCCAUGAAACUGCAUUUCCUUACUGCAUGAACCAAGCAGUCGUCAUGCGAAAAUGCCAGUGCUCCUCAAUCACUCAUGACAAGCUAGAUUUAUCGACACGGAGAUUAAGGCCACAGACUCUAGCUGGAGGACGAGAGGAGAUCGAGACGAACCACUUUCGUUGUCUGCUUACGUCACGAACUCAAUGUUAUACAUCAACCAGCAUGAAGUUCAUCCAUCUCGCCGCACUGGUCGCCAUAUCUGCCUUCAUCCCUCAAGGAAAUGGCGAUUCUCCUCCACGCUACGGCUCCUACGAGCAGGUGCCCAUCCUCAAGGACGACCGCGUGAUCGAGGACGACGGAAGGUACAACAUCGACGUGGAGACCGGCAACGGCAUCCUCUUGUCCGAAUCUGGUUCCCCCGUGAGCAAGGGUGCUAUCGCCAGUGCAGGAUUCUUCUCAUACACCGCUCCUGACGGCACCCCCAUCAGCCUCAAAUUCGUGGCCGACGAGAACGGCUUCCAGCCCCAGGGCGACCAUCUGCCCGUGGCCCCCGCCUUCCCCCACCGAUCCCCGACUUCGUUCUCAGGCAGAUCGAGUUCGCCGCCCAGGAGGACGCCCGCAGGCCCCACGAACCCUCCGGCAGAUAUGGUGCCCCGUAGGUACAAGAAAACAAAAGUCGUAAAGCAAAUUAAGGACAUGAAGAUGCAGCCAUAGAUUUAACAAACGAAUUAUUUAUUUGUAUUUAUCUUUAAGACUGUUAAAUAAGAUAAGUUAUUCCAUAUA